AUGGCAGUAAACAUCGACUCUUUCGAACAACCUACAACCCGAAUCGGACGUAUACAGAUGAGAAGAUGUGGUCCAACGCCAGCUUUGACAAUCUUCGUCGCUUACGCUCCAACACCAAGCUACGAAGGAGUCGAAGCUUUUUAUAGGAAUCUAGAGAAGUUCUAUAGAGAAGACCAUACCUUCUACAAGGUUAUAAUUGGUGAUUUCAACGCCACAAUUGGCCCCAGAAGAAUGCCUGAAGAACUUCACAUCGGAACCAGCGGCCUGCAAUGGAAUGAGCAAGGAGAGAGGCUUUCAUAG